AUGAGUGAAGCAAUAUCUAUCGAGAAAAUCAGACUGCUACAAAACUUUCAAUUUGAAAAAGUCUUAAAGGAGGAUACAAAGAACAAGAUAAUAACGCUUUACGGCUAUAUCGAGAAUAAGGUCGCAUUGGUACUACUAGAGAAGACAGCUUUUGAUUUGCAUUGUAUCAACCUUCAAGAAAUUCCAAAGUAUAUCCAGGAAACUCGGCUUGUGCAAAACAACGACGUUUUUCAUUGGUACCUUAAUACUUUCCUUCAAAGCAAUGAUCUUCCUUCUUUGAAAACUACUUUGAUAUGGCCUGCUGCGGAAAAUCAUAUUCGAAAAUACUCGGCCCAAAAGCGCAGAAUGGUUCAGGAAACCCCAGAAAUAUAUCUUCGAAUUGUCAAACCAUUCAUUGAAACUCAGCGAGGUCCUCAAAUUCAAUGGGUCAAGAACAUCCUUAAUCACAUAGCUGAAGCAGAACGUAUAGUUCUAGAGGAUUCAGAUAAAGUAAAUGGGUUCCUUGUUUUGCCGGACUUAAAGUGGGACCGCCAAACUAUGUCUGCCUUGAAUUUGAUGGCUAUUGUCCACAGAAAUGAUUUAGCAAGUAUUCGAGAUUUGACUUUGGAGCACUUACCCUUGUUGGAAAAUGUCCGUUCCCGUGUGCUAAAUGAUGUUCCAAAAAAAUUUCCUGUGCAUAAGAACCAACUAAAACUUUUCGUUCAUUAUCCUCCCUCUUACUUCCAUUUGCAUGUUCACAUCAUGCAUGUUGAUCACGAAACCGGUGAAGGAUCGUCGGUUGGGCGUGCGAUUCUUCUAGACGAUGUGAUUGAAAGGCUACAAAGCUGCAAACUUGGCUUUGCUGAAAAAACAUUAACUUACGGUAUUGGAGAACAGCACUUUUUGUUCAAUGAUUUAACAAAUGCUACUGAAUGA